AUGAAAUCUAAAAUGGUAUUGAGGAAAUCUAUUUGCAAUUUAUCAAAGUAUGGAAAGAAGAAUGACGAGUUGUUUUCCCCAGUUCUGAACGACUACCGAGUUUCCGAUAUCACGAAUAUUUUUUGCAGGUCAAUUGUUUCUGAAGCGUCAAGAGGCAUAGAAAAACCAAAGGAACACCAUUGCAAACUGCGCUCAAACUCAUUUAACAGAAAUAACAAGUAUCUGAGCACACAUGACCACCUAGUCCGUCCAAAUUCAAUUAGGAGAUCACACAGCCUCUCAAUUGACAGGAAGUUGAGAACUUCACUGAUAGCAGUGAAUGAAUUGAAAACCCAAGAUGAUCAAAGAACUGAAAAACGGCCCUUGGAUGAGGCCAAGUAUGAUUUGGAGAGCCCGGAACAGAAUAAUUUUGACCUCAGAGAUUUUAACACAGUUAUUAAUUCACACUCAUUAAAUCCCGUUAACACCCUUAUUACCAAAGACUACUUGAUUAAGACCAAAAUUUCAAAGAACGGAUUGACCAGGGUAAAUGCCAGAGAUUAUUCAACGAACAAAGCCAAGAUGAACAAGAGUGAUUUAUUAAAACGUCUAAGAAUUGGAGCUUUUGCUCCAUUGGGAUUAGGAGUGUUGGAGGGGAACGCCUUGAACUCACUAUCACUAAAGGAAAACUCUCGUGAAAAGUCAGAUUUAGGAAGGAGUAAGGUGGUAGAACGACUGAUGGAUAAAGUUGAACGUCUGGUCAACGUGAAGCGCGAGAAGGUAGCUGAAUUACACAAUAAGUAUGCGGACUGUCGUCUGGGAGAAGUCACACUCUCAAUGUUAUUUUCAGGACUAAAAGAUGUGCCGGCAAUGGUUACUGAAACGAGCGAAUUGGACCCAUUCAACGGUAUAAGAUUUAGAGGACUCACAGUUGAUGAAAUGCUCACUGCUUUGCCCGGUAAGAACCCAGAUUGUCCAUAUACUGAGUCUGUACUGUGGUUCCUAUUAACUGGAGAAGUGCCCUCACCUGUGGAUGUUGAUGACCUAUCAUACGAGCUUUACAGGCGUAGCACGGUUCCAGAACAUGUUUAUAAGGUGAUAGACGGGUUUCCAACUGACGCGCAUCCAAUGACGCAGUACAUAACUGCUGUUUCGGCACUUCAAACAGAGUCUGUAUUCAGAGAAGCAUAUUUUGAUAAGACCUACCACAAGGAUACUUGCUGGAAGCUUGCACUGGAAGACUGCCUCAACUUAUUUGCAAAAAAUGUGGUCCUUGUAGGAUACAUUUACCGCAGGUCGUUUAUAGAUGAAAACACUAAACCAGCAGAUGUACAGUACAACUCUUCACUAGACUAUGCCGCGAACUUGGCACACUUCCUAGGAAAUAAGACUGAACUCUUCAGCGAUGUGAUGAGAUUAUACCUAGCACUGCACUCAGACCAUGAAGGAGGAAAUGUAAGUGCUCAUGCUUCACAUUUAGUUGGAAGCGCACUGGCAGACCCAUACUUUUGCUUUUCAAGCGCCUUGUGUGGAUUAUCAGGGCCACUACACGGAAUGGCGAACCAGGAAUGUUUAGUGUGGAUAAAGAAGAUGCUAAGUGAUUUGGAAGGCAAGGAAGUAACAGUGGAGGCAGUUAAAAAGUAUGCGGAAGACACAAUGGCGAGGAAACAAGUAAUUCCAGGAUACGGUCACGCAGUACUUAAAGUCACAGAUCCAAGACAUACUGCAUUUGUAAGGUUCGCACUGAAGCACUUCCCAGAUGAUCCCCUUGUGAAACUAUUAGAUACUUGCCUAAAAGCAAUUCCAGAAGUACUCAAAGCAUCAGGGAAAGUUAGAAAUCCAAACCCGAAUGUUGAUUGUUCAACGGGUGUUCUGUUAAGUCAUUUUAAAGUCGAUCAGCCACAAAUCUUCACGGUGUUAUUUGGACUCUCAAGAUCGAUGGGAAUAUUGUCCCAACUAGUCUGGGCGAGAGCUCUGAGGUACCCUAUAGAGAGACCAAAGUCGCUCUCACUGGAAACCGUCGAGAAAAUGUGUAACUCCCCAGAAUCCUAAGAAUUUAAUUUUAUAUAUUCACAA